ACCCUAAUCGAAGAGGCCAGCAGUAGCCUCUCUCCUGAGGAGUCGCUGAAGAACUUCAGUGUUUUACAGCGCAUCCUAACAAAUUUGAUUGCAAAUCCAGGUGAAGGCAAGUACAGGACAUUGACCAAGAGCAAAUUGGAAGGGAAAUUGUCACCUAUUGGAAUUCAGAUUCUAAUGGCCCUCGGCUUUACCGAUAUGGGCGAGGCUUUGGUACUACCAUCAGGGAAUCCAGGAGACGACUUCCUUCAAGCUAAGGAACUCUUGGAUUGUUUGACGAUGUCAGCUGAUGGUGAGCCGAUUGCAGAGGUUGAUGCAGAGGAUGCAGAGCUUGCAGAGGCCUUGCGGCUCUCCAUGGAUGAUGGAGAUCCUGGUCCCACUAAGCGGCCACGGCCCAAUGAAGAAGAUGAUCGGGCCUUAGCCGAGCGUCUGGAAAGAGACGAGCCCGAUGAGAGAACUGAAGUUUCCUUUGAGCGGUUUCGUGCAGAGGAUGUCCAAAUUGAGCUCGAUGCAGUGGAAAAAAUCAACCAGUUCUGCAAAGAAACUGGAGACAAAUAUGUGGAUCCUCAAUUUCCACCGACUUCAAAGUCGCUUUAUCUGAGCGCUGAAGAUGCCGAAACAUGGCAAUGCUUGAGCUGCAAGCGGCAUUCUCCACUGCCCCCGACUCCACCGUUGCCAAGGUCACAGGAGGAAGCUCAACAGCAGGAAGCGGACUUUGCGGCCAAAGCAAAGUGUGUUGGCUGCCGAGAACCUGCGCAUUAUGCCAUCAAAGUACAUUGGUUUUCGAAGCCGACUCAGUGGUUACGACCAGGGGAACACUGCCAAGGGUGCGAGCUGAUGUACAGUCAUCUUCCUGCUGGCAAGGAGCUGCUCCCUCGUCUGUGCCCACAUUUUCUGCGCGACUCCAUGUCCAACACAACCGUUGGGGCACCUUGGAAACUGAUUCGAGGAGAGGCGCGCACAGAGGAUGUCUGCCAGGGAGGUUUGGGCAACUGCUGGUUCGCAGGUGCUCUAAGUGUUCUUGCAACCUGCCCAAAGAUGGUAGAGAAGCUCUUCGAGACCAAAGAAUUCAAUCCAAGUGGUGCUUACCUGCUGCAGCUGCAUCAUGCUGGCAGCUGGAGACGGAUCCUCAUAGAUGAUCUUCUUCCCACUUCUCAGAUAUUUGAAGGUUACAUUGAUGGACAGACAAUCUACUAUUCCCGUGGUGGAACACUUUGCUACCUCCAAGGUUCUCGACGACAACUGUGGGUGCCCCUGGUGGAGAAGGCUGCAGCAAAGCUGUUUGGCAACUGGGCUGGGCUCAAGGGGGGCACCUUUGGUGAAGCUCUGGCGCUCUUCACCGGUUUUCCGACCCAACGACUUCCGCUGUACAUCCCCAAGGAGCUUCGAAGGCGCCGAGAGGAGAGGCGCAAGCAGAUUGCGGAUGAGCGGACCAUGAUGCUGCUGCAGGGUCUGGAAGUUCCCGAUAUGGAUGACAGUGAUGAUGAUAUGGAGAAUGAUGACCUCAAGUGGUCCCAGAUUCUCUCAGCCCGUGAAUGUGGGUACUUGAUGGGUAUGGGCUGCACUGAGGAAGGUUGUGAGAAGACCAAGCAUCACAUAGUCGAAGAGAUGGGACUUCAGGCACCUCAUGCAUAUGGGAUUAUGGAUGUUCGAGAGAUUGAGGUGGACGGUCGGCUGCUGCGGAUGAUGAAGAUUCGGAAUCCAUGGGGAGAGCGAGCUCCGCGAACAUGGAAAGGUCCUUGGGGCAAAGAUUCUGACAAGUGGACACCAGAGCUGAAAUAUCGCCUUGGAGUUGUGAACAGCUCAAAUGUUGAAAUGGAAGAUCCAAUGUCCGUUUUUUGGAUGGACUUCCAGGAUGUUAAGGAGUACUUUGGAGCUGUUGAAAUUUGCCGAGUGCAUGAAGGUUGGUGCGAAAGUCGUAGCCAGGUUUGGUUGCCUUCUGGAGUUGGACCUGGUCAAGGAGUUGAUGUGACCGUGUUCAGACGCACAGCGGUGGACAUUUGCAUUUGGCAGGAAAAACACAUUGCCAGGGAGGCUGCGUUGCAUGCAAAGGCCACGAACAUCGACGUCGGCUUCGCAGUUCUGCGCAAAAUUGGUGUCUCUGAUGGCAAGGUCCAGUACGAUCUGACUGAGAUAGUAAAACGUGGUCGCACAGAUGAUGUAAGUUCAGAGAUGAUCUUGGAAGGUGGCUAUGUUUAUCGCAUUGUCCCAGUUUCAUACGGCAUGUCUCAAGAGUUUACACCGCGACGAGCCGUUGUUGCUGUACAUUCAGUUCAGGCAGUUGAAACGGAGCGUGUCUCCUUGGAUUGGUCAGAUACUGCAAUGGCAGUGAUCGAGGGCACACGGAGGAGAGGAAAAAAGAGGCCAAUUCAGCAAGCAGCGCCGGGUGUCUCGUGCUGGCUCCUUCAAGAGGAGGCAGGCAUGUCCUUCGUGGCAGAGAAUAAAUCAGAUGUCCAGACAGCAUUGCAGGUGGACGCCUCUGACAGCAUUGGUUGCGUGUCUUCUCGCGAGAGCUUCGACGCAGUUAUCGCUUUGCCUCCACAGAGCCGACAGGUUCUGAUUGGCGUUGCCUAUGCUCGUGGUGCGAUACGCUGUGGGACUGCAAUUCAAGCAGUUGGUCUUCCAGGAGACGCAGCAAACUUUGCCCUCCGGGGUGAAGGCCUUCACAUGGACUUGCCCAUUUCUUCACAUCCGGUACCUCCACCUGAUCAUGCCAUUCUAGACAGAGCACCUCCUGAAAAGCCAGAACUCCAACGUAAUCUGACAAGGGGAAGCUCAAUGAGCCAGGAAGAGAUGCUGCAGGCAGCUAUGGAGCUUUCAAUGCAAGGGCCAAAGCCUGAAGAUGACAAGAUGGAGGUGGAAAUGGAGGACGAGCUUGCAAUGGCCAUCAAACUGUCCAUGGACUGCAAGGCAGCGACACCGACACCACCUGCCGCUCCAGCACCUUCAGCGACAGAGGACAAGGCAACGCUGCAAGCUCGUGUGAAGGCACUUUUCGAGCAAUACCGCAGUUCCGGUAUGCCACCCAAUGAGGCAGCUGCCGAAGCCUUAGCCCAUGCGCAGAGCAUGUCGGGAAGCCAUGGUUGAAGAAUGUUGAAGCACAAACUGUACAAACUGAUGGCCAUGCGGCAAUAGAAUAGGCCGUGGCAGCUUCUAACGUUGACGCAAAAA